AUGGUUCCGCCUUCUUCCUUGAGUUCAUUAUUACCGGAGCCAAAACAAAAAACCAAAUCCGAUGCUAGCUUAGAUGGUUAUCCUGUUAAUGCGGAAGGGCAGGACAAUCUACCCGUUGUUGGACUUAUUUUUGAUUCCCUUCAACCUGAGCUAUCCCCGGUUGUAUCAUUUAGUGAUUUUGUACCGCUAAGACAGCGCAACUUCAAUAUGGAGAUCCCUCUCCCGACGCAACAACAAAUUGAUGACACUAAUAAAAGAACAAAGGCCUUCUUCCAAGCUCUACUUCUUAAGAAGUCCAAUCCAGCGGGAUCUAAAAUAAAAAGAAAUGAAUCCAGUGGGAAUUCAGGAUAUAUUGAAUACAGGUCGAAGAAUCUUUUAAGUGCGAAUUCGGAAUCCACUCCUCAUCUCAUAAAAGUUGUGGACCAUGCUGCAGACCCUCUACAUCUGUCCAACUUCAAGAUACGUAGUGUUUAUGCGCCACCUAUUGAUGAGCCGCCUGCUCCAAUAUUGCAUAAGACAGAUGCUAAUUUAUCUAAAGAGGAAAGGCAGAAGUGGGAAAUCCCAGCUGCAGUCUCCAGUUGGAAGAAUCCAAACGGCUAUACAAUUGGACUAGAUAAGAGGGUUGCACUUGAUGCACGAUAUAGCGACAGUAGGAUGGGUGCUCAUGAUAUUAAUGAAGGGUUUGUUAGACUAUCAGAAGCUUUAGGUGAAGCAGAUCGCAAGGCUAGACAGGAACUUAAGCUAAAGGCGGAAGCCAGGAAACAAUUGGCUGAACAAGAAAGCAAGAUGAAAGAAGAGCAACUUCGCAUGUUAGCCCAAAGGGCUAAAGAAGAACGAGAAAAGAAGAGAGCUGAGCGAUUCAGUGGUAAUAUCAUCCAUGAUGAGGCUGCUCGAGAACGGGCGAUUAAGAGAGAUGAAAGGCGGAAGGAAGCUGAGAAGGAUUUGAACUUGUCCAAGUUAAGCGUGGUAGAUAAAUUAAAAGCACUUGCUCAUACUCAAGGCAGAGACAUAUCUGAAAAGAUAAUAUUAGGUGCUGCAAAAGCCACUGAGGUUUCUGAAUUGCAAUAUGAUUCCCAACUACUAUCAAGAGGGGCUAAUGCCGCUGUAAAGAGAUCUGAGGACCAACUUUAUGAUAGUCCUUUAUUUAUACAGGAAGCCAUUAGCAGCAUAUACAGACCCGCGAAAUUUGGUGAAGCAGAUAACAGCUCCCAACAGAUCAUUGAAAGUAUUAAUGGAGAAGCAAGGUUUGAGGAAUUAAAUUCUAAGCGAGCCAGAAUUGAAUCAUCUCAACAAAAUCGAGAAACUCCACAUAAUGCUGACUCAGAACUUGGAAAGAAAAAACAGCGCCAUUAG